AUGGAUUCACUCUGCUCGGUUUCGGCAUCGUUUCUGUCGGGAUUCUCCGUGUCUACCGCACGACUCGCGUACCUGGACAUAUGCGACGUUUGCACAACGCUAACGAGAGCGUUCCAAACGCAAUUGUUCAUCAACAUCGUGGGCAACGUGUUUGGCAUCACGUUCAUGAUGCUCUCCGCGUUUAACACGCUCAUGUCCGACGGCGCGAACACCAUCCGAAUCACGCUGUACUUUCUUUACGAAUCUCUGAUACGCACGCUGCAGAUGUACUUCAUCAUAGACGCUUGCCAUACAACCGUCGAACAGGCGAAUUCCAUAAGUAUCACAUUUCAAAAGAAAAUUAACGAAUAUCAUCAAGUAAACCUCACAAAAAGAAAGGUACAACUAUUCAUUUUGGAGAUGUUGGAUCAUAAAAUAGAGUUUGUUAUUUAUGGUUUUAUUUGCUUGGACUUUGAAAUGUUUGUAUCGAUAAUAGGUACCAUAGCUACGUAUUUUUUGAUUUUGGUACAAUUAGGAUCUUCGCCUGAUGUCUUGGUUAAAUCGUUGAACAUCACAACAGCAACAACAAUAACAAAAACAACAAUACCCGGUGCAUUCAGUACAAAAUCAAACCACACUACACUCGCUUAA